CGAGCCUGGGAUCCGGAAGUCGGAGCCUAGCUGCGCGAGCGCAUCCUCUGGACCGACAGUGUUGUGCUAUCUUCUUUCAGAUCUCCGCCGGAAGUGGAGGGGCUGAGAAGGGGGCUUGUGGCCUCGUGGUUCCCCUCUGUCUUCAAAUUGGUUCUUCUCCCAUUCCAACAGGAAAAGAGUCUGCAGAUUUGAACCUACCUGCUUUCCAUCUAGUCAUCAUGAUGAAAAUUAGACACAAAAAUAAAAAACCAGGUAAAGUUUCCAAAGGAUGCAAGAAGCCUGCAAAGCAGAAUGGGAAGAAAGCAGCCUCCAAAGUGGCCUCUGCUCCCCAAUUUGUUCACUCCAAUGAUCAUGCCAAUCGAGAAGCUGAAUUAAAGAAGAAGAGGGCUGAGGAGAUGAGGGAGAAGCAGCAGGCUGCCCGAGAGCAAGAGAAACACAGACGCAGGACCAUCGAGAGCUACUGUCAGGAUGUCCUGCGACGCCAGGAGGAGUUUGAGCGCAAGGAGGAAGUUUUGCAGGAAUUAAAUAUGUUUCCUCAGUUGGAUGAUGAGGCCACAAGGAAGGCUUAUUAUAAGGAGUUCCGUAAGGUCGUGGAAUACUCUGAUGUGAUUCUAGAAGUACUGGAUGCCAGGGACCCGUUGGGCUGCCGCUGCUUCCAAAUGGAGGAGGCUGUCCUGCGGGCCGAAGGCAACAAGAAGCUGGUCCUGGUCUUGAACAAGAUUGACCUGGUCCCCAAGGAGGUUGUGGAGAAGUGGCUGGAGUACCUUCGUAAUGAGCUGCCAACCGUGGCUUUCAAGGCUAGCACUCAACAUCAGAUCAAAAACCUGAGUCGCUGCAGUGUGCCAGUGGAGCAGGCUUCUGAGUCAAUGCUGAAAAGCAAAUCCUGCUUUGGAGCGGAAAACCUCAUGAGAGUUCUGGGAAACUAUUGCCGCCUUGGUGAAGUGCGCACCCAUAUCCGUGUGGGUGUUGUGGGCCUUCCCAAUGUUGGGAAGAGCAGCCUGAUCAAUAGUCUGAAGCGCAGCCGUGCGUGCAGUGUGGGAGCCGUUCCUGGGAUCACCAAGUUCAUGCAAGAGGUCUACCUGGACAAGUUCAUCAGGCUGCUGGAUGCCCCUGGCAUUGUCCCAGGACCCAACUCGGAGGUGGGCACCAUCCUGCGCAACUGCGUCCGUGUGCAGAAGCUGGCGGACCCCGUAACCCCGGUGGAGACCAUCCUGCAGCGCUGCAACCUGGAAGAGAUUUCCAGCUAUUAUGGCGUCUCUGGGUUCCAGACCACUGAGCACUUUCUGACUGCAGUGGCCCACCGCUUGGGGAAGAAGAAGAAGGGAGGCAUAUACAGUCAGGAGGAGGCGGCCAAAGCCGUCCUGGCUGACUGGGUGAGCGGGAAGAUCAGCUUCUAUACACUCCCACCCUCCACCCACACCCUGCCUGCCCAUCUCAGUGCUGAGAUUGUUAAGGAGAUGACUGAGGUCUUUGACAUUGAGGACACCGAGCAGGCCAACGAAGACACCAUGGAGUGCUUGGCCACUGGAGAAUCUGACGAGCUGUUGGGUGACACGGACCCGCUCGAAAUGGAGAUCAAGUGGCUCCAUUCGCCGAUGGUCAAAAUAGCAGAUGCCAUGGAAGAUAAAACCACCGUGUAUAAGAUUGGAGAGCUCACUGGGUAUUGCACCAAACCAAACCGCCAUCAGAUGGGGUGGGCUAAGCGCAACGCGGACCAGUUCCCCAGGAACAACAGCAUGGUGAAUGUCUGCCCAGUGGACCGCCGCCCGAUGCUACAGAGGAUCAUAGAGACAGACCCCCUGCAGCAGGGCCAGGCUCUGGCAUCUGCCCUGAAGAAUAAGAAGAAGGUCCAGAAGCGUGCAGAUAAACUUGCUAGCAAGCUGUCCGAUUCCAUGAUGUCUGUUCUCGACCUCUCUGGCAAUGCUGAUGACAGUGCUGGUGACUGAUCCACUGAUCUCACCUCCCUCCCCUUCUCCAAGGACCAGUUCCAGUGGGAUGGGGGAAUAUAGAUAAAGUCAGAUGGUUUGCUUCUCCCUGAAGCACCUGCAUAUUAAAAGAACUCCUCCCCUACCAUCCCCACACCGUCCCUCCAUUCUCCAGGGGUGAAAAAGAGUCCCAAGUGUCUGAAACUGGCAAACCCUACCCUUUAUUUAGCCCCUACUCUAUUUAGAAUAGAAAUGAAAUUAAUCAGCAGAUCCCUUAAUGCUAACAAUUUAUCCCCUACCUUACAGGUUGGGCAGUUGCAGGCUGACCCCUUACAAAACACUCUUGGACAGCUAAACAUGCAACUAAAGGCUAGGCUGCUGGUAGAUCUGGGGGUUCCUGGGAGAGUGCUUUACCAGUCCACAACAGACAACAGCAGCAAGACAUUCCUGCAAUGGGCUGCAGGCCACACAUCUUCCACCAACUCCACAGAUACUCAACCUGGAUGGCAGUGGGAGUCGGGGGGACAAUGAUGAGCCUUCUCUAUCUCUGGACCCGUCUAGGAAUAGGAUAGAGGAAGACAGCACACAAGCCUAGCUGGUGCUGUGGUGUGGUAAACACUGCCUUGUUCACAUGAAGGGAAAACAAAGCACCUGUUGAUAGGUGCCUGCGGGGCAAGCCCUGCCUUGGGGCACUUCUGGGCAGACUGAGUUGGAGGAAUCCUUGAACCGAAGCCCUCUGGCUGGACCCUGCCCUUAUGUGACCAUGUCUCACGGAGCAUCAGCAUUUGAAUUCCAUGAUCCAAAAGGGUUCUGGUAUCAUUUAUUCACAGGCUGCAUCCUCAAGAGAGCUGCUUUAUCAGGGGUGUACCAGCCAAGUUCUUUUCUGGUAUCUAGAAGUCCUUAUACCCCAGAAAAAUAUUAGCCACUUCCCCUGGGACAGCCUACCUCAUCAGACAAAGGCAGUGGGCCCAGGCAGUGUUAGGGGCACUCAGAAAGGGACUAGGGUAGAUGAUGGCAACAGAAACACAAAUCUUAAUUUACCAGGGCUGGUUUGGGUUAUGCAUGUGACCUCAAUUCCCAGCAAUCUAUCUGAGACUGGCAGCAAGAAAGGAACUCAAUACAGUUAAGCCAAAGUUGGUGUGGAGCAAUGAAGUUCUACCAUUUGGAGGGAGUGGGUGUUAGAUUGCUUCAUUCUUCGCCCCCACCCCAAACUUCCACAUAUCUUUGGAUCCACAGCCACAUCUUAGUCUUGCCUCUCUUGCUGUCACCCCUUAUUUUACCUAUUUAAAUCCUAAGUCUGGAACCAUGUGACAGACUGGCGAGCCCUUGGCUGUAGGAUGAUUGGCAGGGAAGUACAGACCACUUGUGCAUCCUGGGGCAGUGAAAGAAGAGAAUUGUGUACUGCUUGAGCACAGACUGUACCGGACCCUGGCAGCUUGUUAACUCCUUAACCCUAAAUAAAACUGCCAGUAAAAGAUUUGUCUCCUUAUGAAAGAUAAAGGUGGGGAGGGUAUAGCUCAAGUGGUAGAGCACAUGCUUAAGCAUGAAUGAGGUCCUAGGUUCAAUCCCCAGUACCUCCAUCAAAAAAGUAUAAUUAAAAUAAAUAAACCUAAAUACCUGUUCCACCCAAGGGAAAAUUAAAAAAGAAAAAAAAAACAAAAGGACAAGCAGCAGGUUCACAUAGUUGUCAGGACAUACCGAAGACAACACAUUAAGUGGUGACAGCAUUGAUAUCCAGGUGGGAUAACCUUAUACCGACCCUUUCCUUUGCAUUGUACUGUUUCCUUAACACUGAUUAUUAAGCACCUACUGUGUGCUGGUCUCUAUUAUCAAGUCCCUUAAAUACAUCCUUUUUUGUUUGUUUUAAAAUAGGGUUGUGCUAAGAUUCCACUCCAAGUAUUCUUGAAUGGGGUUCCACUUAUUUCACACUAUCUUAUUAUCAGACUCUCCUGGUGGGUAACAGUACUGCAAUGGUAAAAAUGGAUAUCAAGACAGCUAAGGCCAUUUUAUAACCAUAUGGCAAUUCAUAAUUUAACGUUUUAAACAUUUUCUGGUACUCCUAAGAGACACUGGUAACCAACUACUAGAAAUAAGAGUUACCUAGAGUAAGAAACAGCAUGGGGACAUAGUUUGGCUCAAAUCAAAGAGAACUAAGGUAGUCACUUCAGGAUAAAAAUUUGGGACUCCAGAUUCUCUACAGCUUACCAAAAGUUUUUAAGAAAAGCUAUGUCUUGAGUCUUUUCUCUCUUACCUUUCUUGCCUUUUUUUUUUAAAAGUGUAAUUUGCAUACAGUGAAGUUGAUGCUUCAUAGUAUAAGUUCUAUGAGUUUGGACAAAUGUGUAUAGUAGUGAACUACCAUCACAAUCAAGAUACGGAAUAGUUUACAUCACCCCCUAAACUCUCGGGACCCGUUAUAGUCAACCCUUACCCGUGUCCUCAGAUCCUGGGAACCACUGAUCUGUUUUCUGUCCAUAUAAUUAUGCUUUCAUAUAAAUAUGUAAAAAGAAUCAUAGUAUGUAGAAGAAUCAUAGCGUUAUUUUAUGUGUAUAGAUUUUAUUUUGGGGGUGGGGUAACUAGAUUUAUUUAUUUUUAAAUGGAAAUACUGGGGAUUGAACCCAGGACCUCAAGCAUGCUAAGCACGCACUCUACCACUGAGCUAUGCCCUCCCUACCCCUUUGCCUAUAGAUUUAAAUUUUUUGAUUUAAAAAUUUACGUAGAAUAAAAUUUCCCUCUGGUGUACAAUUCUAUAAGCUUUGACAAAUGCGUGGAGUUGUGUAACCAAGACGUUCAAGGUAUAGAACAGUUCUAUUACUCUCUGCCCUCCCCUGCCAAAUUCAUCCCUGCUACUUUAUAAUAAGAACCUCCCACCUCUAACUCCUGACAGUCCUGAUUUGUUCUUUGUCCUCAUAGUUUUGUCUUUUGGAGAAUGUCAUGUAAGUGGAAUUAUAUAAUAUGUAGCUUUUUGAGACUGGCUUCUUUCAUUAAGCAUAAUACAUCUGACAUUCACCCACACUAUUGGGUUUAUCAGUAGUUCCUUAUCUGAAUCAUACUCUUGUAUGCAACACCAUUUGUUUAUUCAUUCGCCAGUUGAAGGAACAUGGGAUGUUUCCAGGUUUGGGCAAUUACAAAUAAAGCUGCUAUAAACAUUU